GCGAGACACGUGACCGUUCGCGCCAGUAUAUUCACUCAAGCGCGGCGACCCUUAAACGAACGACAAUCUGUGAUUUGCGUGUUAUUCUUUCAUUAUGGGAGUCUGUAUGUCAAGAAAAGAGAUCCCUGAUGAAAUCUACAGAUACUGGUCUGCUGUAGCGUCUUCUCUUCGCCUCGGCUGGCUUGGGACGAGUAACGUGAGGACGGAGAUGAAAGCGUGCCAACUUGCUCUUUUCCCAAAUCUGUUGAACUCCUCAGCCGUAGAGGAAGAUAUUCUUGGCCUGGAGGAACAUCUACGAGAGGGUGCUGAUGUCUCGGGUGGUGAUGAGCGUGGUCGGACACCUCUACAUGUGGCAGCAGGAGAAGGCCAUUUAAACGCUGUUCGCUUCUUGCUGCAGCAGGGAGCGGAUGUGAAUGCCACGGACUGUGAGGAAGAAACUCCACUUCGAGAUGCCAUACGCUGCAAGAGUUUGGAGGUGGUGGAGCUGUUAAUUUCUGCAGGGGCACGUUUGGAAAAAUCCUCAGAGGAACUUGGGGUUGAGAUGUGCUGUCUUGCAUUCCUUGGAGACACAGAACAGAUGGAGGCGUGGAAGAAGGCUGGGGUCAGUUUUAAUGUUUCUGAUGCUCACGGUCGAACUCCCUUACAUGUGGCGGUGUGUACCAAUCAGCCUGAAAUGGUGAUGUUCUGUGUUCGCAAUGGAUCGGAUCUUGAGCAAAGGGACAGGUUCAACAACAGGCCUGUAGAUGAUGCUCAGAGACUAGGCUUACAACACAUGGUGGAGCUGUUGAGUUAUUAGGCCCUCCGUCUCAACCAGGCCCAGAACACUGAGGAACAGCAGGUGUCUGCACUUGUAAAAGAGUUCAAAGUUUGUUGUAAUUUGUCAUUG